AAUGUUCGUGUAUCUUCGGCUACAAUCGCCAGCAUUCGUGCCAGUUCGCGGUGUUUUGUGCGGACGUAUAAAACAUUCUUGACAACUGUUGACCUCAGAUUUUCAGAAGUUUUGUGAACUCCGAGAAGAGGACAUUUAAAUCUUUUCUCGUUGUGUGAAUUUCAUACAACGCUUCAAGUGAAUAACAAGCGAACAGUCUUGAUUCGCAGUGUGCAGUGGUGAAAAGCAGAUCAAGUCUUGUGAGUGCCACUUUUGGACUUCACUUUGCCUUGUUUUACUUCGUGUGAACGCAGAGAGGUAAAUAUGGGGAAAGAUUACUACAAGGUUCUUGGCAUCGCCAGGGGUGCUUCGGAGGAGGAGAUUAAAAAGGCCUAUCGUAAAAUGGCUUUAAAGUAUCAUCCGGACAAAAACAAAUCUCCAGGUGCUGAGGAGAAAUUCAAGGAAAUUGCUGAAGCUUACGACGUUCUAGGUGAUGCUCAAAAGAAGGAAGUGUACGAUAGGUACGGAGAAGAAGGCCUGAAGGGAGGAAUGAGCGGUGGCCCGCCGUCUGGAGGCGGCAGUCGUGGUGGAAGCCACAGUUACACCUUCCAUGGAGAUCCACACGAAACCUUUAGAAUGUUUUUUGGCAACGAAAAUCCGUUUGAGAGCUUCUUCAGCUUUGGUGGCCCCCAGAGUCAUGGUGGCGGUAUGGGGCGGUCUCCUUUCUUUCAGUUCCAGAGCAGUGGUCAUGACGAUAUGGACGUAGAUGACCCGUUCGGUCAUCAUAUGUUUGGUGGGCAGAGUUCGCGUCCGAAACGUCAAGAUCCAGCUGUUGUCCGAGAGUUGCUCGUAUCAUUAGAGGACAUACUGUCGGGUACGACGAAGAAACUCAAAAUCACACGCAAAGUCUUGAAUGCAGAUGGUCGAAGCUCUCGUACUGAAGACAAAAUCCUGACCAUUGACAUUAAACCCGGUUGGAAGGCAGGUACCAAGAUCACGUUCCCAAAGGAAGGUGACCAGACACCUCAUAGUGUCCCUGCUGAUGUUGUGUUCAUUAUCAAAGACAAACCCCACCCUCUCUUCACAAGAGACGGUAAUGACGUUAGACACAAAGUGCGUAUAUCUUUGAGAGACGCUUUAUGUGGUGCCACAGUUCAAGUGCCAACCCUCAGUGGUCGUAGAAUCUCUCUGCCAUUGAAUGACGUUGUAAAGCCAACUACUCAGAAGAGGGUUCAAGGAGAAGGACUUCCAGUACCCAAAAAUCCCCUGAAGCGAGGGGAUUUGAUUGUGGAGUUUAAUGUUGUGUUCCCAGACAAAAUACCUCAAGCAACGAAGGAAAUUCUGAAGGACUGUAUUCCACCUUCUUAAAGUGUUCAAACUUUUGAAAGUGUUAGACAACAGUACAUCGAUGCUUGAAGUGUAAAUAUGUGCAGUUGUAAAUAUUUGCAAUCGUGUAGAUCGCCAGGUGCGUGGAGUACAUGUCACUUGUGAUGUAAAUUUUGUGGAUCUUCAACAAGACCUAAUGAGGGUGUAACUCGUCAUUUCGUCGCACGGUCAUCUCGUCACACGGUCAUCUCGUCACGCCCCAAUUAUGUGUGACAAAAUGACUUUGCUUUAUAUCUCUCCAAAAUUGAAAUUGUUUUAUGCUAGAAUCUAGAUCUAGAUCUAGAUCUACAUCUAGUAGAUCUACUAGACUUUGACGAUUGGUCUGAAACUUUUUUUUGAGUUAUAUAUAUAAAACUUAUUAAUCAUGUAGGCUAAAUUAAAUCUUUGAAAUGUCCAAACUGUUCCAUGAGAGAUCUAGAUCUAGAUCUAGUUGAACAAUAGUUUCAAUAAGACAUAAACAAUGUCUGGUAAAGAGUUGAUAAAAGGCUUUGUUUGAAAGUAAGGUAGGUUUCAGGUUUUAGCACAAUUACAGUACCGUGGCGUACAUUUCUAAAUAAGCUAAUUUAUUUUGAACAACUAGUUCUAGAUCUAGAUAUGAUCUUGCCAAUCACACCUUUCAUCAAUCUAAAACCUUUGUUGAUCUGACUCGAUAGCUUUCAAUAUUGUCAAUAAUGAUGUAUAUUUAUGAAUGAUGUAGCUGAUCAGGAAGGCCCGACGACUCGCACAGCCCCAACCCUCCCCCAAAAAUUGUGAUUUGCGAUUGCCAAUUGCCAUGACAAUGCGCAUUUGAUGUAAGUGUGCUACGAAAUGACCGUUUCGAUUCAAUCUUGUGGAUUUGGGUUGUGAUGAGAUGACAGUGUGACGUCUUGACUGCACCGGUGUGACGAAAUGACUGGUAUUCGCUAUGACUCAUGACUAUGAGCUAUGGAAUGGACUGCUACAUUAUCUUGCAGUUGAAAGUCUAUUUAGGCAGACUAUCUUCUGUGAAGAUUAUUUUUGAGAAUCGAUUCAAGCACUAGAUCUAGAUCUAGAUUUGUUACAGGUUCUACACACAUCAACAUUUUUUAAUCAUUAGUCUUCAUCAGUUUCCUGUUGGCUCCCUCCCAUCUUUCAAAAUAAUAAUUUUGUAACGGCAGUAGUCCGAAGAAGACUUUUCUAUAUAUCGAGAGGAGUUCCGCAGAGGGCCGGCACUUACCGUGACAAGGUCCACUGAGUUGAGCAAACUAUACAAGCGUGAGGGUUAGGGACAGGGUUAGGGUUUAGAGUUAGGGUGAGGGUAUACCCCGCUCAAAUCCCCUCUUUUGUGUGUUGUUGGUCGGCCGGCCCUCUGCGGAACUUCUCCUAUAAUCUCUUACUAAGGUGUGGAGGAGCCUAAACCUGCAUUAAUUGAAGGCAACAUGAAAUUUAUGCUUGUUUGGUGUGAUUAACAACAGAUAUAUUCUACCAACAACAUAUUGAAUGUUUGUAAUGAUUCUGGUUGAAUAGCAAUGCUAUGAUUAAUUUUUCAACUUCAGGAAUGAAUGUGAAGGGCGAUUGAAUUUUCAGAAGUCUGCCAGUAACAUGAUGAGAGAUCUGGGUUGGAUUUUCUUUAGUACUGCUCUGUGAUAAGGAACUACAUUGAUUUUGAUUUCUCUGUAAAAUUUAUUAAGUUUUUUGUCUUGUUUUUCACAGAAGUUUUGCUAAUUAUGAUAGGAUUUCAAUCUGUGAAGUCGAAGUGAACCCCCAUGAAGUGUUUUGGCUGUCUCGUCAUGCAUGAUGUGGGUGCUCUUCUUAUUAGUCCUACACCCCUUUUAGUUUUUUGUUAGGUGGUCUUGUAAUCUAAGCAUUGACAUUGUACUUCUUGUACAAAGUUAUAAUUGUAACAAGGUUGCUUCUCACUGUACUGUUGUUGUUUAGUUUUUGACAGUUUGAAACAACAUCACAUGGAUGUUGACCCGUGGAACCCUGUUCGUUAGAUUGGCUACGGUACUGAUGUUGAUGUGGUGUCACAAAGUGCCAUCAGUCAGAAAUUUAUUUCCUUUCAAAAGUUGAUUGGGAAGAUUGAUAUGAUGGUGCCUUUUUUUUUCUCCCAAAAUCAUGUAACUUACAGUGAAAGUUUCACAAAUUCAAUUUAAGACUCUUGACCCAUUCAUGCAAGUGUAGCAAGGUAGAGGUUUUGGUAUUUUUGCAAGUUACAAAUGCUGAUUCAGCUCAAUCUUGACUAGAAGAUACUGUUGGUUUGUUUGGCUUUUUAGUUCAUUUUCUUGUAGUUGUUCCUGUUGAUCAGUGUAGUAGUUGACUCAACAGUCUUGCAUAAUUUUGAAUUGAGUAAUGCAGUCUGUGAAGAGCAGGAGAAACAAGUGACAGCUGAAUUCUAGUGUAUACAGUGGAGUAGGCUUUUAACGGUUUAACCUGAGCACUGAUGAUGUACUGAAAACGGCGAUAAACUGAAAGAAAAUAAAAUCCCUGCGUUUUUCACUUUUAUUUGAGCAAACUCUCUAAACCUUUAAAACCAAAAACCCAGUAAAACGUUACAAAAUCAGGUGGCCCUGCAGAUUUCAGUUAAAGUCGACUCCAUUGUAUAGAGGGUCUAUUUAUAUGUGUGUAUGUAUUCAAUUAUUCAAUGAUUCCAUUUCAAUGACAAGAAUGCAGCUGGUACCAGAAAUGCUAACCUAACAAUAACAUAGGGAAAUAAUUAGUCAUAAUGUUUCGUUCGAGUUAAUUAACAAAGCAGCAGCUUAGUGAGUAUUUAUAAUUUAUUUGGUUUCAUUGUGUAAAUAUUUGAGGGCACAAUUGAAAUACUUUGCGUUUAUCGCUCAGGUGAAGGUCACUUCUGUCUGUCAUACUGACAUGGUUAUUGGUCCAUCCCAGAAAAAUGUCAUUACUGUUACUAUUUCAGUUGAGUGUGGCAAAGACGUCAGGGUAGGACAAAAAUGUGUUUGUCGCAUCCAUUAUAAUGGUGAUUCGGGUAAACCGAUCAAAAUAUCAAAUAGCCUAGAUAUCAGUUGGGGGAUGGAAAAUUAGAGCUUUCUAGUUUUCUGUGUUGAUGAUAUAAUAUAGGCUAUGUCUCCGACUGUAAAUUCACACCCGAGGAUUUACGUACCUGUUUCGUCUUGCUCUUUACUUGUGCUGGUGUUUCUGUGGUUGCAGAUGCUUUGUAUUUGUUUCAACACCGUGUAGUUUUUGUUUGCUUUUUGCUUUCCCUUUGUGGAUUAUGAAAAAAAUUGAAGCUAAAGCUUCAAGCAUAGUGUACAUGUACAUUGAUUACAUGUUAUUAAGAACACAGACCUUGUUUUUUUCCAUGUUGGCCAGUGACUGUAACUGUAACACAAAAUUUUAUAAAAUACUGACUGCUUCAUGUGCAAUUUAUGAUCUCGUCACCUUUCACUCUCGCUUUUGACUUUUUGUCUUAAACUGUAACUGGGACUCCUUUUAUGUACAAUAUUUCUUGUGGAAACAAUAACUUUUUCAAAUUUUAUUAGUUUUUGGUGAGAGGAGUAGAAAGAAAAAAUCAGACAAAAACUAGCACACUCCACUGUCUUUCAUUCUGCAACUUACAAGUAUUCAUAAUUUGUUACUUUAUUUUUGUGUAAAUUUUAAUUGAGGACUGAAAGUGGGUUACAACAAGCGGGAAACUGCUCUUUGGUUGGUUGAGUGAAAAAAAGUUCGUGUGUAUGAGGAUUGUAUGUGUGUGUGUGUGUGUAUGUAUGUUUGUUUUGUAAAGAGAGAAAGAUAUUAUCAUUCUGAGAAAAUGGUUGUGAUGAAAAUGAAAAAGGUUGAUUUCUCCGAAAACUUUGUCAAAUGGUCGUGAGUUUGUGCUCUUUUCCCAUAAACUCCGGUGCUGUUGUGAUAUAAGCGUUUCAGAUAUAAUGCAGUAUAGUUAGUCCGUAUUUUUAUGUCCUUGAACAAAAUUCUCAUGAUCAUGUGAUGGAUGAAUGAUCUAUUCUGUUUUUAAACAUUUGUUUGUUUGACAGCAGUGUUAUUUGUGUAGUCUCCCACAUGACAUGUCAUAUUUAUUGCUCAUUGAAGACGAUACAGAUCCAGACUACGUUGCUUUUGUAGUCAUAACCAGUUGUUCUCAAUGUGAAGAAAACAUGAGGACACAGUGUAGGGGAGGGACUCUUCCAAGAAUGCAAUAUGUGCCUAUUGAUACUGUUAUUAAAAUCAAUAUUAUAUUUCACAA